AGGCUGGAAACUGGGGCGGGCAGAGACGCCCGCGCUGAGUGGGCCUUAGCUACUAGAGCGGCCCUGAUUCGCAGUCUUCGGUCCCGCCCCGCUAUUCGAGUCCGGCCACGUGGUGGGCGGACCUGGGCAAUUCUGAGCCUAAGACCUUAAAAGACCCCGAAUUCCACCGAGAGUCCCCAGGCGGGUGCUGAGAGGCAAGCGCGGGUUCGAGAUCGGAAGAGAGCGAGGGCAGCGCCAUGGCCAGCAAGGGUCGCGAGGGCGAGCACCCAUCCGUGACGCUCUUCCGUCAGUACCUGCGCAUCCGCACCGUCCAGCCUGAGCCCGACUACGGGGCUGCUGUGGCCUUCCUUGAGGAGAGAGCCCGCCAGCUGGGCCUGGGCUGUCAGAAAGUGGAGGUGGUACCUGGCCAUGUGGUGACCGUGCUGACCUGGCCGGGCACCAACCCCACACUCUCCUCCAUCUUGCUCAACUCCCACACAGAUGUGGUGCCUGUCUUCAAGGAGCAUUGGAGUCAUGACCCCUUUGAGGGCUUCAAGGAUGCAGAUGGCUACAUCUAUGGCAGGGGCGCCCAGGACAUGAAGUGUGUCAGCAUCCAGUACCUGGAGGCUGUGAGGAGGCUGAAGGUUGAGGGCCACCAUUUCCCCAGAACCAUCCACAUGACCUUUGUGCCAGAUGAGGAGGUUGGAGGUCACCAAGGCAUGGAGCUCUUUGUGAAGCGGCCCGAGUUCCAGGCCCUAAGGGCUGGCUUUGCCCUGGAUGAAGGCCUAGCCAGCCCCACUGAUGCCUUCACUGUCUUUUACAGUGAGCGGAGCCCCUGGUGGCUAAGGGUCACGAGCACUGGGAAGCCAGGGCAUGGCUCGCGCUUCAUUGAGGACACAGCAGCAGAGAAGCUGCACAAGGUCAUCAACUCUAUCCUGGCUUUUCGGGAGAAGGAGAAGCAGAGGCUGCAGUCAAACCAGCUGAAGCCGGGGGCUGUGACCUCCGUGAACCUGACUAUGCUAGAGGGUGGCGUGGCCUAUAACGUGGUUCCUGCCACUAUGAGUGCCUGCUUUGACUUCCGCAUAGCACCAGAUGUGGACCUGAAGGCUUUCGAGGAGCAGCUGCAGAGUUGGUGCCAGGCAGCUGGCGAGGGGGUCACCUUUGAGUUUGUUCAGAAGUGGACGGAGACACAAGUGACAUCUACUGAUGACUCAGACCCCUGGUGGGCAGCAUUUAGUGGGGUCUUCAAGGAUAUGAAACUUGCCCUAGAGCUAGAGAUCUGCCCUGCUUCCACUGAUGGCCGCUAUAUUCGUGCGGCGGGGGUUCCGGCUCUGGGCUUCUCACCCAUGAACCACACACCAGUGCUGCUCCAUGACCAUGAUGAGCGGCUGCAUGAGGCCGUGUUUCUUCGUGGAGUUGACAUAUACACUCAGCUGCUGUCUGCCUUGGCCAGCGUGCCCGCACUGCCCAGUGAAAGCUGAGCUCCAGCGCUUUCCAGUGCUAAGGACCCCUCUUCCCUCCUGCCCAACAAUAAAGUCUGUGUGGACAGGGCCCACUUCUGAAGUA